CUCUGAUGCACACCACUCUUAAAUGACUGCUCUCGCGAUUGCAAGAUAACAAAUACCACUCCAACCCGCCUUUUAGAAUUCAAAUCAAAUUGUUUACAGACCGCAAUGUUUAGAAAACGUCUUAAUAAAUAUGCUGGUCCUUUGAUGAAGAGUGUUUGAAAUUUCUCCCAGGAGAAGAAUUUCAAAUGAAGGAUGCCAAAUGAUGGUUUCGUGUAUAUGUAUUAUUAUGCGCUCGACUCUCCGUCAUUUUAAUGAGCACCGGCUCGCCACCUCCACAGAUUUGAAUUAAAAUCCCCCGGCAUGGCUGCUAGUGACUGGUAACUCAGAGUCAGCCGCAACUAGUUUUGCGUCGACUCACUCACGGGCAGCAACAGCGCUCAAAUCCCCCCCGCACUCUCCCACCUCUCUCACUCAUUUCCUGUUGAAAGAGUGGAGGCACAGCGGCGGCUUGCGCAACACUGAGCGCACAGCGAGCUCAAUUAAACUGCUGUCCAACUGCGCCAAAGUAGAGCAGCUCUGAAGCAACGUUUGAAAGAGAUCUCCGAGAGAGCAGCUUUGAAGGUCUCCAUCGAGCGCGUGUCCCUGCAAGUGAAUAAAAAGGGACUUGAAGCCACAGUUGCUCCAGGAAAACUGUGGAGGUGCGCACCUGAAGAGAAGCUACACGUCGGGAUUUCUGAGGGCGAGAGGGGGCAACAUGGGCGCUUUGAUGGUCAUAUUUUCUUUGCAGACAAAACAGAGGAGGAGAAGAACGGAUAGUGUCGAGGAUGAGCUGGAGCUGUCUGCUGUACGGCAUCGGCCAGAAGGUCUGGAGCAGCUGGAGGCUCAGACACGCUUCUCUCGCAAAGAGCUUCAAAUCCUCUACCGGGGCUUCAAGAACGAAUGUCCCAGCGGUGUGGUCAACGAAGAGACAUUUAAGGAUAUAUACUCUCAGUUCUUCCCACAGGGGGAUGCAUCAACAUACGCACAUUUUCUGUUCAAUGCAUUCGACACGGACCACAACGGCUCUGUCAGUUUUGAGGAUUUUGUAAUGGGUCUUUCCAUUCUAUUACGAGGAACGAUCCAGGAGAAACUUAACUGGGCAUUUAACCUGUAUGAUAUUAAUAAAGAUGGAUAUAUUACAAAAGAGGAAAUGUUAGACAUCAUUAAGUCCAUCUAUGACAUGAUGGGAAAGUGCACAUAUCCCAUUCUUAAAGAGGACACUCCACGGCAGCAUGUGGAGAUAUUUUUUCAGAAAAUGGACAGAAACAGAGAUGGAGUGGUCACUAUAGAUGAAUUUAUAGAUUGCUGCCAAAACGAUGAGAACAUCAUGAGAUCAAUGCAGCUGUUUGAGAAUGUCAUUUAACAUCUGAAUAUACAGUAGACUCUGUCUGGCCAGCUCAUAUUAUCACCUUUAUACUCCACAAAAUCCUGACGACAUCGAUGGAGUUCAAAUCCAUACCACGAUCCAACAUUCACACCAUUUUUAAAAUCAAAGAAAGAAUUAUUUUUACAUUUUUUUGUCAUAUCCUUUACUUGUAAAAAGAAUGUAAGACUUUAUUUAGCACAGAAAUGUGCACAAUUCCUGCAACAUUUCUGGAAAUGUAUCUUUUAAACUGGUUUCUAUUCUGAAGUCAUGUUACAUGUAAGUAAGAGGAAUAGACAGUAUUUCACACAUUGUUUGAAAGAUGAAUUUCCCCAAUGUUUUUAACAUAUGGCACAAGACAGAUGCAUCACGCAUAUAUAACAUACAGUAGAUUCCCUUGAGCAUUAUGAACCAUUUACAUGCCUUUGUGUUUGUAAAGCACAAUGAGAAAUAGUUCAAUCUUCUUUCUGUUAAAAAGUACAAACGUGUGCAACCUUUACAUGUCUACAGAACCAUUCCAGAAUGUUCUUACUGAGCGAGUGGGUCCCGCCAAACGAAUCAAAAGUAAAAUGAAGAUAACGAAGAGCAAAAAAUAGGUCUAAAAAUAUUUACAUUUUUUUUAUUUGCCAACUAGAGUAUAGAUUGAAAGCUACAGGUAGCACUUCAAAGCACACAUUGUAUUUGUCUUAGGGAUUAAAACACGCAAACAACAAUGCUGCUUUUAUGUAUUUCCAAGUCCUCACAAGAAUUGUCACAUAUCCUGCUAUUAUGUUUACAUUUUUUGGCACUGUAUCUCUGUUCUCAGAGCAACAUUAUGAAUAUGUAUUUAUUAGGAUAUCAAGCACUCAUACAGUAUACGGUUUUAUUUAUUUUUCUGCUGUGACCCUCAGUAUUUGUGUGUCGGCAAAGAACCUAUAUUAAUGUCAGUCCCUCUCGUCUUACAGUGUCCAUGAUUGAUAUGUGUUACCCCAUCGUUAUGUACUUGCUCUUAAUUUAUUACGUAUCGCUGUUACAAAAAAAAUGUAACUAAAUUGAAAUCAGUGAUAUUUGCUCAAACACAUCUAGCAUACAUUCUGCUCUACAUGUGUCUAUCGUCACCAUCUAGUGGUAAAUCUGCUCGCUCACAGUAGAUAAAUGUAUACUUUAUUGAAUAUUAGAAAUUGAAUUCAUACAAGAACACAGCAAACAUAAACUCAGUAUUUACAUUUUCCAGCCCGUUUUAAUAUCUUUCAAUCUAAGCACUUAGAUUCUUCCGCUUCGGAAAUAUUUCUCACUUACUGUAAUCUGAAAUGCAAAAAUCUUUUUCAAAGCUUGGAAAGGGAAUUUUUGAAGAAGAUAGCAAAACUAAAGAUAAUGUGUCAGACAGUGCAUAUUAUUGAUUUAUAACAGAAACGGUAUAAAUAUGCAAGUCGGUCAUCAGAUUGAAUUGAAAUGAAUAUGGAUUUGUAUUUGAAGCGUCUCCUGAACAUUUCUGAUCGAUUUUUCCAUGCUUUAUUCGCACAUAACUUUUAUUUUCCAUAUGCUGCUCAUUUAAACUGAGAUUAUGGGGUUCGUGUUUAUAUGUUAGUGCAUCUACACGCUCCCAUAAACACUUGAAUGUCUAUCAAAUCACUUUAUUCGUUUUGCAACCUGCAUGUUUGACUCAUAUUAGCUUAUAAACAGAAAAAGAGUGCAUGAGUCUUUUCCUCUUUUUAGAAAUCGAGUGCCUUGAUUUGUCAACGCUCAUCCCAAAUAUAUCUUAAAGAGUCAAUCGUGGCUUAUCUCAAACACUGGAUGUCCUGUAGUUUUCACGUUUCUGUCUUUUCAAUGCAGUUGCAAUAUUGUUGGUCCGUUUCUGAAAACCAAGCCAUGUUUGUUGCACUCGAGCCUUGCUGUUGCAUUUGAGUGUCAUGAAUCCUCUUUAUGAUGUAGACAUUUCCCAUUUAAAUGAUGCGGCACUUUUGUAAGAGACUGGGAAGCCGACAGCUGCAUGUUUAGUGAGUGAAGGCAUCACGGAUGGCUAGAGAUGACUGGAGCAGUGAGCAAAUCUCAUGCUUAUAUGUGAAACUAUAGAUGAUUGAGUUUUGUAAAAUAGAAUCAAUAAAGCGAUCAGAAU